GAGUUAUGAAGUCAUUGUGGUGAUGAUAUGGUGGUGGUGGUGGUGGUGGGUGCUCGCUCAUUCCUAUCCUCGUUUACUGUAGUGGUCGUGGUCGGUUGGUUGGUUGAUGUUUGUAUGCAUGGCCUUUCAGCUUCACAUGGAAAGUGAAACCGUGCCCUAAUCGCCCUCUAAAUAUGAUUUCCGAUCUUCAAACGUUUUUCCUCGCCACUUUCGCGACUUGUGUAGCGGCUCUGUAGUGCCAUAUAUUCAUCCCUCCUCCCUCCUUGCCUCCCUGUCCCUCCACCCAUCCGUCCGGCCCUCUUUCCCACUUACUUGUCGUCCUCCCUCCCGCCCCCCUCCAGACAUCCAGAGCGUAAUCAGAACUUGCACCCACGUCCUUGCCACAAACGACGAAUGUAUUGGCUGAGAUUGCUGAGGUCUCGAGUCUAUCUCCAUCAUUCUUCGUACAUGUAGCUGAAGGAAGGAAGCGCAGGUAAACAAGCCCGCUUUGUAUCACUAUCAUCAUCGUUUACCUCUGGUGGCUGUGGCCCUUCUGAUGCGGGGAUCGACGGCUAGGACUUGAACGACGGCGUUUCCCCGACCGACAGACGACCGACCGACUGACUAAGGCCAAGUCGCCUUGAAGCUCCCCCCCCGUCAUCCAACUGAUAGGCCAGGUAGAAGCAGCAUGGACACAUUGCACACCCGGGUACAAUGUAGCGACUGAAAUCGAGAUGAUUUCUUGGUCGUGAUUGUGCCUUCUCGUGCACGGCUGGUUGUCGGACCGAAAUAACUCGGAGGAUCAGGACAAUGCAGUCAGUCGUCCUGAAUACCAACCACCAGACCACUUCUAGCUGAAAUUAUCAAGUCAUUCAGCCUAUUUUUGAUCCACUGUCUUCAGUUCGGGUAUCGGAUUGGAGUUUGAAAGAGGUGCAGCUCUAAUCGAAGAGGUGCAUCCAUCUCUGGUCGGUUCUUGGUUGCAGAACAAGGCUCCUACCAUCAUCGGUUUCAUGGGUCUUGGUUUCCAAGAUCUUGGAUCUCCUCAUGAACACGCAGCCUCAAUAAGUGCACGGUCAUUGCUUGGAUGUCUGUGUGCGUGUGUAUGUCUUACUCCCGACAAGUUGGUCGUCAUGCACUGAAAACCGACUGCCUUUUGUCACUCGACCCACGCCCACGUGAGUGCAACUAUCAUCAGGAUCUCCAUUGGACGCGCUCGCAGUGCAGAUUGCUCGGUGUGAACCCCUUCAGAUUUGGCAGUUACCAUGAGCAAUCCCAUCUUGUUGCAAAUCCGAGUCUUCUGCAAUGUACUCCGAAGAAAGUCCUUCUUUCAAAUCACUAACCGCUACAAGAUCGUGGUAGGCGUGGCUGUGUGCUUCCUCUUCGCCUGGAUGAACAUCGGGUCCUUGAAACAAAACUCCGCAGAUCACGCAUCCAUCCGCAAUUUGCCCACGUUUUCCUCUCAUCACAAGAGCAAGUUCGAUCCUCUUCUAACCAAGGGCAAGCAAAAGGCCAAGGAGUAUCCGGAUUUCGAUUAUAAGUACGACCCACCCAAAAGAAAAGCAGCUCAGGUCGAUGAUCAACCGAUCGAGCCUGACACGAAACUUGCUCCCAAAGUCGACAUUGAUGAUGCCAAGCUCAAACUUAUACUUCCCCCAGAGGAUGACCAGCAGCAAAUGCCCAGUCGAGACUUCAUGGCCAAUCGUAUUCCUCCUGUUAGAUCCUUGAAACCUGUGGGAAAACGAAGAUCCAAUACCAUUAACGGCAUCCAGGUCGACAAGAACUUGGAUUACUUUGAUGUUGUAGGAUCGGCAGAUCUAUCGAAACUCGAGUCUUUGGAUCGUGGUUUUGAUGAAUUUGCCGCCGACGAUGCCAAAGUCGUCCCUGGGUUUGGUGAGAAUGGGGAUCCAGUACUUUUGAAAGGGGAUGAAGCCGAAGAAGCUACACGUAUCAUGGCCAAGGAGGCGUUCAAUAUCGUCGCCAGUGACAAAAUUUCCCUUCAUCGGGUUGUGCCCGACACUCGUGAUCCUUUAUGUCAAGCUGUCAAGUACGAUGAGGACCUUCCCAAUGCCAGUAUUAUCAUAAUAUUCACAAAUGAAGCGUGGACCCCCUUACUUCGUACCAUCUGGAGCGUACUGGACAAGACCCCGGGACACCUGCUCAAAGAAAUUAUCCUCGUGGAUGAUUUUAGUGACAAGCCUUAUCUGAAAGGCAAAUUAGACCGGUACAUUCGCAAGAAACUACCCAGUAAAGUGAGACUGAAGCGUCUGUCCAAACGAUCUGGACUUAUCCGGGCCCGAUUGACCGGGGCUCGAUUGGCCACAGGCGAUAAUCUGUUGUUCUUGGACUCUCAUUGUGAAUGUGGCGAUGAUUGGUAUCAGCCCUUGGCCCAACGAAUCAAAGAUGAACCCAACGCGUUCGUGGUGCCCAUCAUCGAUGUGAUUGAUGAUAAGACCAUGGAGUAUUAUCAUGGUAACGGGGUUUACUUUCAAAUCGGCGGCUUUUCGUGGGGCGGGCAUUUUAACUGGGUGGACAUCCCACAGCAUGAGCAGAUCCGCCGUGGGAGCACGAUUGCGCCAACUCGAACGCCGACCAUGGCUGGAGGACUUUUCGCCGUAAACCGACAGACUUUUUGGGAUUUUGGCUCCUACGACGAAGAAAUGGACGUUUGGGGCGGUGAAAAUCUGGAGAUGUCAUUUCGUGUGUGGCAAUGUGGAGGUGUCUUGGAGACUAUCCCAUGCUCUCGUGUGGGCCACAUUUUUAGGAGCUUUCACCCUUACACGUUCCCUGGAAAUAAGGAUACUCACGGCAUUAAUACGGCCCGUACCGUGGAAGUCUGGAUGGACGACUUUAAGCGUUUGUUCUACAUGAACCGGCCGGAUUUGUUGUCAACGGAUAUCGGUGAUGUGUCCAAACGCUUGGAGUUCAAGAAGCAGAGGCAGUGCAAAUCUUUCAAAUGGUACUUGGACAAUAUUUUCCCUCAAAAAUUCAUUCUGGACGAUCCUGACCAUUCAUUUGCCUACGGACGAGUGCGGAACCCGAACAAUCAUUGUCUUGAUACCCUUCAAAACGAUGAAAAGGAUACCUACGACUUUGGCAUAUACCCUUGCCAUGAUUACGUAGCGGCCUCGCAAUUCUUUUCAUUCUCCAAGAAGUUCGAUAUUCGUCGAGAGGAUAAUUGUGCCGAAGUGGGCGAGAUUGGCAACGACUUGGGCCAAUUGCCCGUUCACAUGGUCCCUUGUCACGGAAAAGGCCAGGACCAAGAGUGGAUUCACACCAAACAAGGCCGACUGAUCCACAAGCUCACCAAUAAAUGUCUCGAUAUCGGCAGUGGAAUCUCGGACAAACUCUUCGCCACGGAUUGCAAAGCCAUGCAGUCGCAGAUCUUUUUCUACGACAACUAUAUUAGUUGAGAAUGGAAGUGAUGCUCCUGAGAACUCAAAGUGCUGCUUCACAGGCACAUCUUUCACUCCUCCCUCUGUGAUAUGACAAGAUUUAUGGGAGGAACUCGACAUCACCGUCCAAUUUACUCCUGCCACUGAUACUUCAGUACAUCCAGUACGAUUUGUUCGUUCCCAUGUGCUCUUACGACAUACUCAAAUGGAAAAAUGUGAAACUCGAACAGUAACAUUUAAUCAUCAAAGCGAUUUGCUCUGACAGAAAUAAAGUAUUUAUUCAAUCA